AUGGAAGACCAAAAUCAAAAUUUGCCAAAUUCUAAUAGCGAACAAUUACGUAAAGGUGAUCAUCAUCCAAAAAAAGUGCGAAAGUCAUCGAAAGGGCUACCAUACAAAAAAAUAACAGAGAUUCAAAAAAAACUUCGAGAGCGACUCGCGAAGUCUUCUCAAUCACCACCUAAACAGAAUGAAGUUCUACCGUCCCCUGUUGAAAAACCUAAAGUAUACUGGAAUAAGGAGCUAUCUUUCGGGGAGCGACUACAGGGCUUAAAAAAUAAACCUACUGUUCAUUCCUCUUGGGAUAAAGAGAGAGAAAAGAGAGAAGCAAAAUUGAGACAAACUCAGGAGAAGGCGGAAGAGAGGUUACGAAGGAUGGAUCCUAUGAUGUCUUCGGAAGAGCGGACUUUUCGCGCGAGCGAAUUAGCAUAUGAAGUGGUUUACCGUGGGAAAGAAUACAAUUGGGAUGAUGACUCACCGCUUCUUUCAGCUACAAACGAAAAAUAUAUAACCGUCGAUGAAUUUCUUCGCCGAGAAGAGGAAAAGAAGAAAGCCACUAGAGUGGCUGCACAAGCCGCCUUAAUUCAGCGUAAAAAAUCACGUCCUGGUUUUGAAGGUUCUCCAAGCACUGGACAAAGACCGUCCAAUAAGAAGAAAUCAAAAAGUAGUAGUAAUUUUAGGCAAAGCCACCAACGGCAGCAGCAGCAUAGUGAUGGUCCAGGUCCAAUUCGCGGUGUUGAUCGUAAGAGAACUGUUUCGUAA